AUGACGAAAUCUGAAGAAGUUUCCCAGCUACCGAGCGACGACGAUUUGGGUGGCGGCUUCAUUAUAGAUGAUCCCGAUCGCAAGAAACGGCCCAAAAGAAGGGCGAAAGCACAAAGCUACAAAGAACCCUCAGAUGAUGAAAAUGGCCAUAUUAGCAUCGACGAGGAUGCACCUUUAUCUGGCAAGAAGAAGGCUGCUGCUCCAAGAAAGGCGCGUCAGACUAAGAAACAAAAGGUCGCGUCUAGUGAAGACACAGACUUCGUCUUGGAAGAUGUAAAAGCUGAAGAAGAAGUAGCGGACGAAGUUUCAGAAGAACAAGACGAAGAUCUCUCUUUGUUAAGCUAUUCCAGAGCACGCGAGGGCGCGUCUGCUGAUAAUGCCAUUAGCUUGUCAGAUCUGGACAAUGAAGAGCCGAAAAAGAAGAAGAAGAAGGCGCCAGCAAAGCCCCGGAAACCUAGGAAAAAGAAGGAGCCGAAGGUCAAAGUGCCCUACUUCACCAGAACAACAAACAAGUUGUACGAACAACAUCCAGAGUUGAAGGACGUUUUCCCAUACUUGCAGUCCUUGGACAAAAUCAAGGUUGAGCGAGCUCCUCAGCCUGAGGGGAUGAACAUAAGAUUACUUCCUUUUCAACUCGAGGGUCUAAAUUGGCUCUUGAAGCAAGAAGAUGGCGAAUUCCAGGGUGGUGUUUUGGCAGACGAAAUGGGAAUGGGUAAGACCAUUCAAACUAUCGCUCUUUUCAUGAACGAUUUGUCAAAAAGACCGAAUUUGGUUGUGGGCCCCACUGUUGCAUUGAUGCAAUGGAAGAACGAAAUAGAAGCACAUACCCAUGAAGGGAAGCUCAAGGUAUUACUUUUUCAUGGAGCCAAUCGUGAAAGCGAUAUUAAAGAACUAGAAAAGUACGAUGUCAUUCUUACGUCGUAUUCCGUUUUAGAAAGCUCCUACCGUAAAGAGCGGUAUGGGUUCAAAAGGAAAGAUGGUGUUGUUAAGCAAAAAUCGCCUUUGCAUGCUCUCAAAUUUUACCGAGUGAUUUUGGACGAAGCACACAAUAUCAAAGAUAGAACUAGCGGUACAGCAAAGGCAGCAAACGAUUUAAAUUGUGAAAAAAGAUGGUGUCUUACUGGUACUCCUCUCCAAAACAGAAUUGGUGAAAUGUACUCUUUAAUUCGUUUUAUGAAAUUGGAUCCAUUUUACAAGUACUUCUGCACCAAAUGUCCAUGCUCAUCAUCCGAGUGGAAGUUUUCUGACUGGAGACACUGUGACAUUUGUGACCAUUCCCCUAUGUUGCACACAAACUUUUUCAAUCAUUUUAUGUUGAAGAACAUUCAAAAAUACGGCAUCACUGGUGAUGGUCUCACUUCUUUCCAACAUAUCAGAUUGCUUCUAAACAACGUUAUGUUGCGUAGAACCAAACUUGAAAGAGCAGACGAUUUGGGUUUGCCACCACGGAUUGUCGAGAUUCGCAAGGAUCGUUUCAAUGAGGAAGAAAAAGAUUUGUAUCAAUCGCUCUAUAGUGAUUCGAAACGGAAAUUCAAUGACUAUGUUGCUGAAGGUGUCGUUUUAAAUAACUAUGCUAACAUUUUUACAUUGAUUACGCGAAUGAGACAAUUGGCUGAUCAUCCGGACUUGGUUUUGAAACGUGUCGGUUCUAAUGCCGUUUCACUGGAAGUUGAUGGGGUCAUUAUGUGUCAGUUAUGUGACGAUGAGGCAGAAGAGCCUAUAGAAUCUAAAUGUCAUCAUCGGUUUUGCCGAAUGUGUAUUAGGGAAUAUUGUGAGAGUUUUCUGGGAGAAGAAAAGAACUUGGAGUGUCCUGUCUGUCACAUUGGGUUGGCGAUUGAUUUACAGCAGCCGGCUUUGGAAGUGGAUGAGGAACUUUUUACUAAAGCCUCAAUUGUCAACCGUAUCAAAUUAGGUACUCAUGGAGGCGAAUGGAGAUCGUCGACCAAAAUUGAGGCAUUGGUGGAAGAGCUUUACCGGCUACGGUCUGAUCGUCAUACAAUCAAGUCUAUUGUAUUCUCACAAUUUACAUCAAUGCUAGAUUUGAUUGAGUGGAGACUUAAAAGAGCGGGCUUCGAGACUGUCAAAUUGCAAGGUUCUAUGUCGCCGCAACAGAGAGACCGAACAAUCAAGCACUUUAUGGAGAACACGAACGUUGAGAUUUUUUUGGUUUCGUUAAAAGCAGGUGGUGUGGCAUUGAAUCUUUGUGAAGCAUCACAAGUUUUCUUGAUGGACCCAUGGUGGAACCCGAGUGUCGAAUGGCAAUCUAUGGACAGAGUUCACAGAAUUGGACAAAAGAGGCCUAUCAGAAUUACGCGGUUUUGUAUUGAGGACAGCAUUGAGCUGAAAAUCAUUGAGUUGCAAGAAAAGAAGGCUAACAUGAUUCAUGCAACCAUCAAUCAUGAUGAUGCAGCAGUGAACAGGUUAACGCCUGAUGAUCUUCAGUUUUUGUUUAUGAACUAA